UAAACAACCCGAUCGUCAUCGUUUCGAAAUCAUCUCUGAAUUUUUCCUUUUCGAUCGCUCGCUGGUCUGGAUUCCAUCAAAAGGGUUUCCACUUCCAGUGGUCUCAAUCUCGUCUUCGAUCGAAGGUUUCUCCGUUCCGAUCUCGUCUUCGAUUUGAGGAUUCCGGCGUUGCUUUCAAGGGUGCGGGUGUAGGGUUUUCUAUUUCGGCUUCGAUCGCAGGACGAAGUUGUAUCUCUUCUGUUGUUUCAAGGAGGAAUUCGCUUCAGAGGUUGGAAGGAAAACAGAGAUAAAUUCUCAAUCUUUUGAUUUUGUGGAUAGUUGCUUUUGCUUAAUUUGUUUUUUUUUUAUUCGAUUAUUGUAAUAAUGAUCAUGAGGUCUGUUUGAAUCUCUCUGGUCUGAAGUUAUUGUGGAGAAAAAAAUUGUAUGAUAUUUUGGAAAAAGGAAAAAAAAAUUGAUUUCUCUUCCUGUUUGGGUUGAUUUGUGUGUUUUCUUUUUUGCAAUCACUCAUUAAUUCUAGAAAUCGAUUAAGAAAAAGAAAGCAAAAAGAAGCACACAAGCGAUGGCUAUUAAGUGUAGGUUCAAAAGCGAGAUAGAUUACUUCGUUAUCCCCAUCGAGGGGGCUUCCAUAUCUGUUAGAGAAUUGAAGGAUAGUAUAAUCAAAUUCAAGCGUUUGGAUCGUGGCAAGGAUUUUGAUGUUGUCCUUACCAACGUUCAGUCUAAUGAAGAUUAUGAUGAUGAAGCAGCUCUUAUAUCGAGACAUAUGGCAGUCAUAGUUCGCCGCGUUCCAGGACUACCUCGGAUGCCAAUUGUGCCCAACCACGUAGAAGAAGCCCAUGGUCAUGCCCGAGGUUGCGAGCAUGAUGUCCAGGGACCAAUGAUGGCUAAUCAUGGUUUUGGUCACUUGGAAACACCUCCUCAAGGCUAUGUUUGCCACAGAUGCGGUGUUGCUGGCCAUUUUAUUCAUCAUUGUCCUACAAAUGGUGACCCAGAGUUUGACAACAAAAGGUUUACACCCCAAUUUAGAAAUUUAAGCCCUAUGCCGAUGUCAACUUCAAAUGGUUCUUGUGUAUUGCAAAGCGGAGUGGUUUCUGCCAGGCCUGAUGAGGCUACACAUCUUAAAGAAUCUGGCAGUCUUUCUUCAUCUCGUUCUGUUUCUGGCCUUCCACCUGAGCUGCAUUGCCCAUUGUGCAAGGAAGUAAUGAAAGAUGCUGUAUUUACAAGCAACUGUUGUUUCAACAGUUUCUGUGACAAAUGCAUAAGGGAGCACAUAAUUUCCAACUUAACAUGCAUGUGUGGGUCAACAAAUAUCUUAGUGGACAGCCUUGUGCCGAACAAAACUCUUAGAGACACCAUUAAUAGAAUGCUAGAAUCAGCAAGCCACAGUUCAGGAGAUAGUAAAAGUGUGGUGCAAGAUCCCUCAUCUGUGUGUGAUGUACAGCAAGCACCUCCAACAAUCUCUCUUCCUAUUUCUUCUGAGGAUGAGAACAGGGAAAUUUUCAUGGAGGAUGUUCCUGAUGUAAAAGAGAAAGACAAUCACUGUAUGUUGAACGCUGCGGUACAGAAUUUAGAGGAUGCUGUCAAAAAAUCAAAUGUAUCUGAUGUGACAGCUGAAGAUGUGAAUGUGAAGGAAACAACAGCAAAGGAGAAUGCUGCAAUGACUGAACAAAUUCAUGGAAUAAUGCUCAAUGCUGGACAAGGAGAGAAGAAGAAGAAGAAGGGAGAGACAAAGAUUCUUCAACCUGGAAAUGUAGCAGCUAGCAUGCAAUGGAGCUACCCUGCAAUGCCAUCUGACCCUUCAUCCCACUAUCAGUACUGGGGUAAUGAUGCACUGCCAUGGGAAAUGAAUCAUUUUGUGCAAGCAUUCAGUGGGGUGACACCCUACAUGGAUUAUCAGCAAUUUCAACAUCAAUACUCGUUUGGAGCUCAAGGAUAUAAAUUGCCAUACGGACCAUACCUUCCUCAGAGGGAUAUUUCUGAAUUACCUAUGAACAAGAAAGCUAUAAAUCAGGAGCAGCCAGUAAAUAGUGCAGACAACGCCGAUAUGGUUGAACCUAGGAACAGCCUGCAUGAUAAAGGGCUGAGCUCCCUUGUCCAAACAGAGAGGGAUUACUUCUCUAGAAAACCAGCGAGAAUGGCAUGGCAAGUCCUAUCUAGAGAACGUAAACAUCAUUCACCGCACCGUUCGCCUCAUAGAAGACAAAUCGAUUGUCAGUCAAAUCACUCUGCCCAUCCUUACAAUGAUCAUGCGGAAGAGCUCAAUAAGAGGAAAAGCAGUGCGCACUCACACAUACUAGUCACAGAUUCAGAGAGGCCGAACUGGAGCAACAAGAAGAGGAAGUACCAAACUCACUAGACUAGAGUUAUGUUUUUAAAGAUGGCUCAAUCAUUUCCCAGUACUAAUUAAUAGUGCAUAACGUGCUCAUAUUAAAAUGAAUAGAGAUUUUGUUGUACAGUUUAACAGUGUAAUUCUUGAAAGUGCUCUAUUUCAUUCUUCUGUUGUUUGUUGAUGUAUAAAACAUUUACAUAUUGUGGAUACUGCUACUUUCAUUGUUUUGUUCUCAUUGAUGAUAGAUGGUCUUUCUUUUCAAGUUAAA